AUGUGCCCAGUUAUCCCCUGCGUUGUGUCUCAGUGGAGUGUCUGGAGCGGCUGUGCAGAGCCUUGCAAGACAACGUAUCGUGUUCGGAGGAGGCACAUCAUCCAGGAGCCCAGGAAUGGAGGACAGCCUUGUCCUGCCCUGGAGGAGAGGGCUGGCUGCGUGGAGCACUGGACUCGGGAAGGAGCAGAGUGCAAGCAGCCCCUAAUCCCAGCAUUAAUAACAACAGGAGGGUUUGGAAAAGCAAGGAAGAAAAGAGCUGCAGCUGAUGGCAAUGAAAGAGCAGGAACUUCCAUAGUAUGUGGCUGCAUCAAUCCCCCUCACUUGGGUGUGCUUGUGGCCAUCACGCCGGGCUGCUCGCACAGCCACCACUCCUACACUCACUGGAUGCAGUACCUCAGGGAGGGCCACACUGCCUGCGUGGAGUGUCAGCACCCAGCCUUGGACUCCAGCAGUCUGCAUUGCUAUGGGGAUGGCAGUGGAAGCACGAAGAAUCAGCUGUUGCACUGGCAGGCAGUAGGGAACCCUCAGUGCAAGGGAACCUGGAAGAGAAUUCGCCAGCUGGACACUUGCUCCUGUCCUUCUGUUCACAGCUUCUUGUUCAUCUGACUUCUGACAGCCCCAGCCACAGAAUGCUGCGAUGGCUCAUCUGGCACCAACGUGCAGCAGCGGUAGGAACCACAACCAAAACAGUGACUUCUCCCUGUCAGAGGCUGUGUCACUCACUUUCAAGAGUCUGUGCUGGGAUACCUUCAGUCCCCUCUGUGUGUGUGUACUCCUCGGUUUUCAAGGAAAUCAGGUUGGGUGUGAACUGCCAAUCUCUUUCUGCCCAUCCGUCCCUGAGGGGCCUGUCUGACCCUGAGGAUUUCCUUUCUUGGGAGGAGCAAGGUUCACCAAAUAAGACAUCAGACAGAAUGGCCCAGGUUUAAUUAAUACUUCUGAAGUCUCAAUGAAGAAUCAACAGUGCAAAAUAGAUUCACUCAGGUGCCUUCUUUUCAUGGCAAUGGCACUUCAUGAAUGCUUCCUGCUUGUGCCUAUCUCCUCCUUCUGUUUUCACCCUCCCUGAUCUCACCAUUUCAUAUUGAUCCUCAGUCCUACAGAGGGUUAUCUUGCUCUGCUGAGAUAAUGGCAAAACUUAGAAAUGAGCCUGUCCAAAUCUAUGAGAACAGAAGGUACCAGAGAUAAAUGUGCCUUGGACUUGAGGUUUCAAGGAGCAUCUCCGAGUUGCCUCAAAAUGCAGUGCAGUCCUAGGGCUUUAAAUAGGAAAUCAUCCCAGCUGAGCCAGGAGGGCUGGCUGUAGCUUUGUGUUUUCCACUGGAAAUCAUGUGAAAUAUUUCUUCUGCUGAUUGGUAUUUGUACUUUUCUAUAAGUGAAAAUAAAGGAGACUAGAGACAUUG